AUGAGUAAAAUGACAUGGUAUGACUAUCUGAGAGCAGUGCUGAGUGCGGUGUCGCGCCCCGGCCAGCGGAGGGCCGGCGAUCUAUAUUAUGAACGAUCGUAUGAGUUUAAGAGUGAUAAGGCAGUUUUGUAUAUAACUAUAUCAGUGGUUUCAUUGAGAGGAACAUUAGGAAAUAACGGCCGUAGUGGUAUAAGGACACUAAUUUCUUUGAAUCUUUUGCCUUUGUUGGCGGCGGGAUGCUUGGCCGCCCCCGCGGACCUCCUGAGUCUGCCGGCGUCUGCUGGCUUCCACGUCUCCCCUUCGGGUCCCCUGGAGCUGAAGACGGUCCAGAUCCCCGCGCCCUUGGCUGUGACUCCUGCCGCGGUUCCUCCUACGCUCACCUUCGCCUCCGUGGCCGAACAGGCCUCAGGAGCUGACCUGAAGCAAGACCAGAUUUCCGUCCCUGCCUCCAUCGUCCUCAACCCCGCGCUUCCCUCGGCGGCGGUCCUCCCCCCCACCUUCGCCGCUGCUCCCGCCGUCGCCGUUGAUGGGGUUUCGGUCGUGGCCUCUGCUUUGGCCCCGUACAACGUGCGCCUCGACGUCCCCGCACCCGUGCCCUUCGGCGACGCCCCCGCCCCCGAACAGCUGGUGCAGCGAGUGCCCGUGAGGGUGGCGGGUCGCCCCGUGAUCUCGCACACCCCCCUGGUCACCGAGGUUCGGCCCGAGCUCAAGCUCAUCGAGAAGACCUACGACGUGGCCGUGCCCAAGCCCGUCUACGAGACCAAGGAAGUGACUCCCAUCGAGCACAAGUUCGUGGCCGAGCCGUAUGCCGUGCCCCAGCCGUACGCCGUGCCGCAGCCUUUCGCCGUGCCCCAGCCCUAUGCCGUGCCUGUGCCUGUUGCAGAACAAGUGCAUGUGCAACACCACGUAGCUGCUGCUCCUGUUGCAGGCCAAUAUGUAGCUGCUGCUCCUGUUGCAGGCCAAUAUGUAGCUGCUGCUCCUAUUGCAGGCCAGUACGCAGCCGCUGCCCCUAUCGCAGGCCAGUAUGUAGCUGCUGCUCCUGUUGCAGGCCAAUAUGUAGCUGCUGCUCCUAUCGCAGGCCAGUACGCAGCCGCUGCCCCUGUCGCAGGCCAGUAUGUAGCUGCUGCUCCUGUUGCAGGCCAGUAUUUAGCUCCUGCAUCCGGCGUCCUGCACCACACUCAGUCCUUCCCACUUCUCAGUCCUGCCGUUCAAACUGCAUCUGCAAUCUAG